CAGAGAUCAGUACGAAUAGCUUGAGACGAGCGUCUGAGUGGUUGUGGAGUUGCACCAUUAGAGACGAUAUUAUGUAAUUGUAGGCUAGGACACUUGGCACAUGCGCCUUCAAGCGCUAGCUUCAAGCUCAAGUUUCAAGUGUCACUAGUAUAACGAGAUGAAGCAAUUCCUGUCUCUUGCUGAAGAACUCCUGUCUUACAUUCUGAGUUUCCUUCCUUACCGAGAUAUUCUUCAGUGUACAUCUGUAUGUAGGACCCUUCGCCAAACGUACUUGUCCUCCUCCGAACUUCAGUACAUCGUUGAAAUAGGUGGACAACGGUUGAUCUCCAACACGGAUCAUAGCAUACCUAUUUCUAAGCAUCUGCAGCUUUUGAGAGACAAAGCUCACGCAUGGUUCAAGGUUGACACCCACCCUUUAAAAAUGGUCCCCGUAACAAGGUCCCGGGGAUCUCGAGACAAGAUUGUUGCUGGUGGGCAUUUCUGCUUCUGGAAUCCACCAGAAGAUACGGCCAUGAUCUUUCCAGUACUUUCAAAGCCCUCGCAACAGUCAAUCCGGCGAAACUGGCUCCCAGGAACGUUGUGUUCGGCUCCACACUCACACAACCUUGAUGUGUUUAUGGAUCCAGCACAAAACCUAAUUGCUGUCGCCUAUGCCGUGGAUCACAAGACAGUCUAUAUUAACCUUGGAGCCCUAAAUGGUGAUGGUGUUCACCCUCAGGCUGCUGGAGAGAAACUGUUUCUGUCGGACGACUCGGAAAACUCCUUUGAUAUGACAUUCGUAAGGCUCAAAGGUUUUGGGAGGCAUAUCGCUUUGUCGCAUCGCUCGAACGAUGAAAAUCGGACUUCAUUGGACAAGGUGUGGCAGCUGCAGAUUUGGGACUGGAAGUACUCGACAACAUGCAGUAGCAUCCUCAGCGGUGCAAUACCCAACGGAUCCAUCGACCCGGUCGAAUUUUGUUUCCUCGGGAACAAUCGAUUGCUGGUUAUAACCGAUAACUUGAAUAUCUAUUCAAUUGAGGACAUGUCCCAGACGCCGGAAUUACUGGCGUGCUUCCUGAUGCCCAUCCCAUUGAAGUUAUGGUGCCUCCCUCUGAUAGACGAUAUCGGGUAUGGCUCACAGCUGCAUAUGCAAGCCCAAGCGACGAUGUGCACCUCAGACCCUACACAUCGACUCAUAUGCCUUACUGUGGCUUUUGCUCAAUUUAGUACUCAAAUCUUCAUCAUUUCCACGAGGAUUUUCUUCGACCUCAAUGAAACGGCAGCAGCAAUUCCAAUACCAUGGCAACAUUGGGGCCCCUCAAAUACUCGUAUCUUUCGGUACCCGUUCCAUUUCAAAAUUCACAUCAACGGAAACCGCGUCUUGCAGACACUCCCUGUCGACACGCACAACAUUAACUUUAUAUUACAACUAUUGGACUUUAGCCCGCUAGCUGUGACAAACAGGCGGGGUCUAGGACGAGUGGUGAAAGAGCCGUCCACGACAUACAUGAGUGCCGAUGAAUUUGGCACACGUGGAGAGAGCUUGACAACAUCCCUGCCUUACGUCCAAGUCGUAUUUUCGAAGAGAAAGUUCACUACCGAUUCACUGUUGAGGGACAUGUGGAUCGACAAGGAUAGGAUUUAUAUGAUCUUCAGAUCACUGAGCUUUAUAGAAAAACUUGAGGUCAUCGACGUCCAGUCUGACUUACAGACCGGUGCGGUAUCAACUAGUUGAUGAUUAGCUAGGUACUUAUGGAGAUCAUUGGUUGAGGAUCCCAUUUUCAUUCGACCAGAGCCUAGAAAUCUGACUAUGGGAGACUAUGUUCCAAGCAUGUGCUGUCA